AUGGAGAAAGAUGACCCCCCACAGUUGGCGACUCCUACAUCAGUGAAAGCCAUCAUCUUGAGGAUUGAGGCUGCCCAGCUAACUCGUGCUCAAGAGGAUAUUUCUACUCGGCUCUCACACAUUUCAGACAACGUCAAUUGUGUUAUCAACUGCUUCCAGGAAAAAUUAGGAUAUGAUUUAAAAGAAAAGGCAAAAUCUCACCAGACAGAUCCAAAGGCCAAGAAGAGAUUCAUCUUGCUGGACAAAAUUGCCUCCUUCUCCAAAGAUGCUAAGAUGAAGGAGAAGCACCUGUAUGACAUUCUCCACUGGCUGGGUGACUGGGGUGACACUCUGACCUAUGAGAUCGGGCCCAGGAAGAGUGAAGAGGAAGAAGCAGCCCUGGAUGAAUGGAUUGAGGUGACGGAGAAAGUGCUACCGCUCUCCCUCAUUGCCACCAAAAGAGGCAUCGAGUCACUCACUGCUCUUUGCUCCACUCUUAUUGAAGGACAAAAGAAAAGGUCACAAGUGUCCGAACGCACUUUCUGGCAGGGCUGGCGGGGAAGAAGCCCACAGACAUCUCCACCCCAUCCUCAGCCACUGAGCCCAGAACAGAUGCUCCAGGACCAGCAUAGCAUGAACACGAAGGCCUUGGAGGUGACGUCCAUGCUGCAGGAGCUCCUGGACUCGACCAUGUUCAGCAAGGGGGAGGUCAGGGCCAUCAGGUACAUGGCCGCUAUGGUGGAGAACCUCAACAAGGCCUUGAUCCUCCAACACAAGGAGAACAGGAGCCUGGAGACCAAAUACAGGCGCCUGCAAAUGCAGGCGACCAAAGAGCUCAGCAGCCAGAGGCUGCACUUCCAGCAGUUUGUGCAAGUCCUUGAGAGCAGGAGCGAUGCUCUGCUGAAGCAAGUAGAGAUCCUAGGGGGAAGGUACCAUGACAUUCUCCUGAAGAAGCAGGCCUUGGAGUUCCAAUUGAAGAAGGCUCAGACUGCUACAGGUCAAGCAGAAGACCUGGCUGAGGUUUCUGUGGACUCCCCGGGUACCCCUGAGAGAGAGACCUUGCCAAGGAAAGAAACAGUCACGGAGGAAACCCAACAGGAAUCUACAAAGGAGCAGUUGUUCUCACCACUUCCCCCAGGUCCCAUGGCCACGGCGCAGGACAAUUGUGCUACAGCUGCAGGGCACCAGCCGCUUUCCACCAUGACUAUGCACUCGAGGGUCGCAGAUGUGUUCAGCAGCCAGGACACCGAGAGCCUUGAGCCUGUGUUUCUACCCUCAGUGGAUCACAAGCUUCCUAAGAAAUGGGACAGACCGGCGGCAGAAAGCUCCAGCCACAAAGACGAAGACCAGGAGGACUACUUCCAGGAGAAGGGAGGACUCCAAAUUAAGUUCCAUUCUAAGGAGCAGCUGUCUCUAGAGAGCUCCAGGCAGGUGCCCUCGGAGAGCCAAGAGGAGCCCUGGGAGGAGGAACUCAGCUGGGAGAAGCGGAGGCAGCUGUGGCUGGAGGAGGAGGAGAUGUGGCAGCAGCGGCAGAAGAAGUGGGCCCUGCUGGAGCAGGAGCACCAGGAGAAGCUGCGGCAGUGGAAGCUGGAAGACCUGGCCAGGGAGCAGCAGCGGAAAUGGGUCCAGCUGGAAAAGGAGCAGGAGAGCCCAAGGAGAGAGCUGGAGCAGCAAGGGGAGGAUGUGGAGAGGAGGAUCUUCACAGUUACCAGUCGAUGGAGGGACUUGGAGAAGACAGAGCUAUCCUUAGUGCCUACCCCCAGUCGGGCCCAAUCUGCUCACCAAAGCCGGAGGCCACACUUGCACACAUCUCCUAGUACCCUGCAGCCUGCCCUGGGAAAGCAGAGACCUAUGAGUUCAGUGGCGUCUACCCACAGAUCACGAGCCCACCAAGUUCCCACGAGGCCCAAGAAAUCUGCCUCCUUUCCUAUCACUGGGACAUCCAUCCAAAGGCUGGCCCGGCCCUCUUUGCAGAUAUCCCCUGCAACUCUUAAGAAGAAGGUGUACCACAUGGACAUGGAGGCCCAGAGGAAGAACCUGCAGCUCCUGAGUGAGGAGUCUGCGUUGGGGCUGCCCCACUACCUGCGCAGCAAGGCGCUGGAGCUCACCACCACCACCAUGGAGCUGGGCACGUUUAGGCUGCAGUACCUGUGCCAUAAGUACAUCUUCUACAGACGCCUCCAGAGCCUCCGGCAAGAAGUGUUCAACCAUAUACAAAUCACGAGAGAAACGGGGGCUUCCUACAAGGCCCAGAACCUCCACAUCUUCUUGAAAAACAUUAACCACCUGCAGGUCCUCAGGUUGCAGGCCUGGACAGACAAGCAGAGGGUCCUGGAGGAGAAGCGCCGGGAGUGCCUGAGCAGCAUGGUGGCCAUGUUUCCCAAGCUCCAGCUGGAGUGGAACAUUCACCUGAACAUCCCUGAGGUUACCUCGCCAAAGCCGAAGAAAUGCAAGUUGCCUGCAGCCUCACCGCGGCACAUCUGCCCCAGCGGCCCCACCUACAAGCAGCCCUUUCAGUCCAAGCACUGGGAAUGUGUGCCCCUGCAGAUGGCCCGCCAACAGGGGAAGCAGAUGGAGGCCGUCUGGAAGACCGAGGUGGCCUCUUCCAGUCACCCAAUAGAAAAAAAGACCCCUGCCAGCCUUCCCUGGGACCAGCUGUGGGGACACCCAGAUAUUCCCCGACUGUUGGCACUGGAUGUGUAG